AUGAGCUUCAUCCAUCCCGACGCUAGUUUGAUGGGAUCCAAUGGGAACACACCCAGUUUCAUGGAGGGAUCUGCUUCGAAAUCGGCGGAUGGCCUUCGCAAGAGUCCCCUCAUUGAUCGGCUUGAGAUUAAAAUCGUGAUGCUCAACGUUCAGCGAGCAACCCUCGCGAAUUCCACCGGUUUCGGACCCAUUAUGCUCACACUGGCUGACACUGGCAGCAGUGCAAUCGGCAAAGGAAGUGGCUCCGGUGGCUACAACAGUGGCAGUGGUCCAGUGCUAGUCAGCGGACUUCACUCGAGCGACUCCUCCAGCGGAAUUGGCAGUGCGAGCAGUGAGAAGUUGGCGACGGGCAGCGAUGAGGCCAAUGCCCAAAACAGGAGCAGCGGCGAAGGGGCUGCCGACGAGGAUGGGGAUGAUGAUGAUGAUGAUGAUGAGGAUGAGGAUGAGGACGACGAUGGCGAUGAAUCUACGGCGGAGUCCCCUUUACUGCCCCUGAAGGACGACGGGCCAUCGCCCCCAAGUCAACAAGUCCACAGCUCGUCGCACAUAUCAACCAGUAGGUCACCCCACUUCGGCACCUUUGCUGGUGACCUCCACCUACCAACCACUGCCCCGUCCAACGAGCAGGCCAAGUGCGAGGCUCCGGAAGGAGAGACCAACAACAACAACAGCACCAGCAGCAACCACAAUCACGGGGGGACCACAAUCUGCAAGGACAUUCGCACCCACAAUCGCCAGCACGAGUAUCAGCUCUAUCCCAACGACACCUUCGCUCGAUUGGAGGGAAAGUCCCCCAAGCCGAACACCAAGAUGCAGACCAAAGUGGAUGCGGUGGGCCGGAUCACGGGUCCGUGGGGAAGGUGGCAGCUGCGAACGGUGCUACUGAUCUUCCUGUGCAAGAUUCCGUCGUCCUGGUUCAUGGCCUGUAUCAUUUUCACGGCACCAGCGCCGAGGCACGGCGAGUUCUUUUGCAAGCCGCCCAACACAAUCGGAGCCCAGAACCAAACGCAGUGGAUCAAGGUCUCGCAUCCGCAGAAGGAGGAGAGCGACGACCAGGAGUUCAGCAUUGACUUCUGCAAUGUCUACCAGGAUGCCCAGCAGCACGCCCAUCACUACUACAACUACGAGAACAGUGACCAGGAGCCGCGCGUGUGGGAGAAGCCCCUGAACCGCAAUUCCAACGUAAUCCCCUGCACGGAGUUCCAGCACGAGUCCGACUACCACUCGGUGGUCACGCAGUACGAUCUGGUGUGCUCCCGGGACAUUCUCGUAUCCGUCACCCAGUUCUUCCACCUCUUCGGCGUGCUCACCGGCGGCAUCCUUGCAAACCAGCUGCUGAAAUAUUUCAGCCCCCGAAAUGUGAUGCUCUUCGGCAUGAUCACACAGAUAUUUUGUGGCAACCUCACGGGGCACGUGGCUUCCUACGAGCUCCACGUGUUCUUCCGGUGUCUCUCCGCCGUAUGCUGUGCCCAGAUGUACACGGCCGGAGGCCAAAUCAUGGCCGACAUUACGGGGGGAAAGUACCGAACGUGCGUCUCCACGCUGUUCGAGCAGUUCUGGUCUAUAGGGGUAAUGAUGUUGCCCGGAGUGGCCAGCUUCUGGUCCAGCUGGUCCCACCUCUACAUGGCCAUCUCGUGGCCAACUGUGAUACUAAUCUAUCUGUGGCAGUGGAUUCCCGACUCGCCGCGAUGGCUGAUCGCCCGCGGACGUACCCAGGACGCCAAGAAGAUCCUGCUGGAGUGCGUGGAGGUGAAUGGGACGGGCUACAACCUGCCGCACGACAUAGACCAGCAGCUGGAGCUGCAGGCACAGACCGCCAUGGACGCUCCGCCGCCGAGUGGCUGGUGGUCAAUGUGGAAGGGAGAACGGGCGGUGCGACACAUUGUGUGCGUGCACCUGGCCUGGUCGCUUUACAUCGUGGUCUACUACGGAAUGCUGCUCAACAUCCGCUCCUUCAGUCGCGACCACCUGUACAUCAAUACCUUCUUUGCGGGCUUCAGCGAAAUGAUGGGCACUUUCUUCGGGCUCUUCCUGAUUCUGAAGACCACCCGCAAGUGGCUGUGGACGGGACUCUUUAACAUUGCGGCAGGAUGCAUUGCCUACUGCGGCUGGCUGGUUCCAAAGCCCAGCGUAAUUGGGCUGGACCCGAACGUAGCCCUGCUGAUGUGCUCGGCCAUGGUCUCCAAAAUGGCCAUUUCCACAACGCUCAGUAUACUGACAACCUGCACGGUGGAGCUGGUUUCAGAUGACAAGAAGAAGAUCACUUCCUUCUCGACAAUUUGCUGGGCCCGCUUCUGGCUGCUGGGAGCGCCCUUUAUUGGAUCCACAGUGGUCUUCGGCCAGCUCAUUCCCCAGACAGCCUUUGCCUCUCUGGCCAUUCUCGGUGGCCUGUGCACCUCCCUGAUCAGCAGUCCCAGGACACAUCCCAUCUUAAGACCCGCCUCGCCUGCGGCACAGGGAACACAAAACAUGACCUCGCAGUUCACCAUCAUCGACGGCAUGGACAACAAGGACUACACCACCUCGCCGAAGACCAUCCACUCGAACAGCACCAUUUUAAAACUAAGCACGCCGCAAUCGAAUCUACCUCCUCAACUGAUGCCCGGCAUUUGGACGACCAAGAUAAUCGAGGAUGGCCCACCUAUGUGAACAGCUUUCGGAAAGUCUGCAUUGACAAAUCAGCUAUGUCAUUGGACUUGAGGUAUAGGAGCCUUUCUUACCCAGGAUUGGAGUCUUUAUGAUAAUAUAUCAGAUGUUUAAGUGAAGAAGCAGAUGUUCAAAGUUAAGAUAUUGCUAAAUUCACAGCUAGAGCAGCGAUCUGGUUCAUUUUGGUGGCGCUGUGACUUGUAAACUAUAGUCUAUAAAAUUUGUUAACAGUAUAUUCUUAUAGCCCGCAUAUUUAGCAUAGGGGCUCCCUUAUUGUAAGGCUACCUUUUUUAAGGGGAAGAGUCGAAGAGUCAAGAUAGAACUAGAAUUUUCGCACUUUUUAGUACCUCAACUUCAUCCCAAAUCGGAGUGCUCAAAUGAGAAAGCCUCGCGCACUUGAAAACAAAAGUACAUUUCUAAGUAGGCAACACUUAAGCUUAAAGCUGUGGAAUAGAAUCCUCGAGCAACCUAUUUUAAAUGGAUAAAUAAGCUCGCCAACAAAACCCAAGCCCAUACCUAUAUUCAUUACCUUUAGUUUUAGGGCUUAGUUUAUUUAGCUUUACGGCUAUCCAGUGUUGGAUAAGCUUUACGGCAGCCAUAAUUAGUAGUCAUAUAAGUAAGUAAGUCAGAUGUGGAGCAAAUCUUGGGAAAAAGGCAAAAGCCCAGUAUUAAGCAGUCACUAUUAAACCAAAUCAGAAACGUACCGAAUCGAACCUCACUGCACAGACAAACCAUCUUAAAAUGGUGAUCCUUCUAAAGGCUUGUGGUUCCACAUUACGUGAUUGUGUUGUAAACACCUGGAGAGAAUUUCAUGAAAAGACAUAAGACGUAGUUACACAAUAAUUAUAUAUUAUGGACAACUUUUAUUAAUUACCUUAAUCUAUUAUUACUAAUUAGAACAACAAUAAUAUUAGCCUACACAUUGAAUGAUUUACUUCCGUUACAUAUUACAAUUAUCAAUUACCAAGCAAAUUUAAUAUAAAUCAAUUAGUAGUUUUCAGGCUCUACAAUGCAUAAAAUAUAUAUUAUUUUUAAAUUUGCAUCAUCUAGUAAAUACGCUUAGCAACUUAUUGAAUGUUAUCUGAUAUUGGUUACCACAUGAACGGAAAUGUUAUACAUGGCAAAAGAGCAAUAUUUUUCUAAUAAAGCAUAACAAUAAAAACGAA